AUGGCUGGGAAAGACAAGAUCCUCGUCCUCGGACCCACGGGAGCCAUUGGAAGACACAUAGUUUGGGCAAGUGUUAAGGCUGGGAAUCCCACGUUUGCUUUGGUUAGGAACACCCCUGGCUCUGCCAGCACAGUAAGACUCGUCACUGCUGCAAAUCCUGAGAACAAGGAAGAGCUCAUUCACAGCUUCAAAAAUUCCGGGGUUACUCUUCUCGUGGGUGAUAUAAAUGAUCAUCAGAGUCUGGUUAAUGCAAUCAAGCAAGUUGAUAUUGUUAUAUGCGCAACUGGUAGACUAGUAAUAGAAAACCAAGUGAAAAUCAUUGCAGCAAUCAAAGAAGCUGGAAACGUCAAGAGAUUCUUCCCAUCCGAAUUUGGGCUGGAUGUGGACCGUCACCAUGCAGUUGAGCCAGUUAGAGAAGUUUUCGAGGAUAAAGCAAAAAUCCGAAGAAUAAUUGAAGCUGAAGGAAUUCCAUACACUUACCUCUGUUGCCAUGCCUUCACUGGCUACUUCUUACGUAACUUAACACAAAUCGAUGCCACUGUUCCUCCUCGGGAUAAGGUAUUAAUCCUAGGAGAUGGAAACGUCAAAGGAGCAUAUGUCACUGAGGCUGAUGUGGGCACUUACACCGUCAAAGCAGCGAACGACCCUCAAACUUUGAACAAAGCGGUGCACAUAAGACUCCCUUCUAAUUAUUUGACCCUAAACGAGAUCGUCUCUUUGUGGGAGAAAAAGAUUGGGAAGACUCUCGAGAAAACUAAUGUUUCAGAGGAAGAAGUUCUUAAAGACAUCAAGGAGUCUUCUUUCCCAAAUAAUUACCUGCUGGCGUUGUACCACUCACAACAGAUAAAGGGAGAUGCAGUAUAUGAAAUUGACCCUUCCAAAGACGUUGAGGCCUAUGAAUCUUAUCCUGACGUUAAGUAUACCACCGCCGACGAGUAUUUGGAUCAGUUUGUCUAA